CCUCCUCUCAGUGAAAACUGUAAGGUGAGUCACAUUUGAAACUCAAACCGCUUUGUUAUUUACCUUGACAGUAUCUAGUCCUUUUCCAAAGGGAAAGAAAUGAAAUAAGCUCCUCCGUGCAGGUUGUUUAUAGACUCGGUGGACUUCUUUACCUGCAGCACAUCACACACAAUGGAAAUGGAAAUGAAAGGAAAUGCUUCUCAACCUCUCACAUGUAGUAAUGGCAGUGAAAGCAGGAUUGACCCCUAUGGCUUUGAGAGGCGUCACGAUUUUGAAUCCUACAAGGAGAUGAUGAAUGAGUAUGUAGCCGUCCUCAACAGGAGGUCGAUGAGAUGGUCCAAGCUCCUUCAAGAGAAACCCCAUGUGGGGAAGGACUUGACAGUGAAAAGGUACGUGCGUAAAGGUGUGCCGAAUGAGCACCGUGCCAGGAUUUGGAUGGCAGCCAGUGGCGCACAAGAACGACUGGAGAGCAACCGGGGUUAUUACCAGUCUCUACUGGCCAUGGAGCACGACGCCAAGCUGAAGGAAACCAUUCAUACAGACAUGCAUAGGACCUUUCCUGACAACGUCCUCUUCAAGAGCAGAGCAGAACCGAGCCUGCAGAAGGCUCUGUACAAUGUGCUGCUGGCCUACGGACACCAUAACAAGGAAGUGGGCUACUGUCAGGGCAUGAACUUCAUCGCAGGCUACCUCAUGAUCAUCACCAAAGAUGAAGAGAACUCCUUCUGGCUCAUGGAUGCGUUGGUGGGCAGAAUGCUCCCAGACUUCUACAGCCCGGCCAUGAUGGGCCUGAAGAUUGACCAGGAGGUUCUCGGGGAGCUGGUGAAGGCUAAAUCUCCUGCAAUAGGACAGCUCAUGGACCAGUAUCCCGGCAUAUGGACACUGGUGGUGUCGCGCUGGUUCAUCUGCCUCUACAUUGACGUACUCCCAAUUGAGACAGUUCUGCGGGUCUGGGAUUGUCUUUUCUACGAGGGCUCCAAGGUUCUUUUCCGUGUUGCUCUGACUCUCAUCAUUCACCACCAGCCAGAGAUCCUGAGAGCUCGCUCUUUGACUGACGUAUGCGAGUGCUUCAAACAAAUCACCUGCGGUGCUUUCACUCUGGACUGCCACACCUUCAUGCAGAAAAUCUUUACAGAACCUGGGAGCCUGUCGAUGGCAACUAUUGAUAAACUCAGAGAGAAAUGCAGACAACGAAUACUGGAGGAAGAAUCUGGACGGCCGUAAAGUUUUGCAUCCACCAUCCCUCCCAUUUGACUGGAUUUCUGAAACUAUCAGCUUUCAUUCAGUGUAAGGAAGUAACCCUGUACUAUCAGGAACUGUUACCAAAAUGGACUGCUGGUGGCUUUUUGUUUCAGCUUCUGUUUCUGUAUUGCACUCUGAAGGAUGUCGUUUUUCAACUUUGUCUUUUGCUCAUGGUCUCAUGUUUGCAAAAUAUUUCUGCUGCUAUAAGUACUUCAAGAUAAUCACACCCAAUGAUUUGUAAAUGUUGUAAAUGUUUUACUUUGUAGUAGUAUGGGAGGGAUACAGUUAGCUUUGUUAUUGUGGAGAAUAAUAGUUUGUAAAUUCUGUUUUAUCUGUCAGAGUGUCUAAUGGAAAAGGGGAAUUAAAGGUGCUCUAUACGAUAUCCAAAGCAUUCAUAUAGCAGCAAACAACUAAUAGCUAUGUAAAGGUAUAGAGUAAUCUCUACCUGAGCAAAGAAUGAAGUCUCUCUCCCUCUGUGUGUGUUGUAAUCCGAGUUUCUCAGUGUUUUUUUGACCACGUGUCUUUUAGUGCAUGUUAGUGCAUGUGAGCGUGCCCCACUGGCUAGCUCACGGCUGCCGCUCUGCACUGCUCUCAUACAGCGGUUACAGCUGAUAAUGCCGUUCCAAACCGACGCCGCCGUUGCGGAAGCGUAGCACCCACCCUCCGGUUCCACCCAGGUUAGCACUGUUAACUGCGAGCCAAUGGCUGAGCCGUCGCCGGAGGCAAAAGAAAUGCUUCACAUCACGCAUUCAGCAACUUUAAUGUCUCUUGGAAUUCAACACUGUUCAAACCGUCCGUUUCUCUUUUUGAAGUAAAAUGAGAUGUCCUAAUUUACAGAACUUUGUUUCACUUUUUAUUGUUAACAUAAACAUAAUAAUUGGCCUAAUCUUUUUCCUGAUCUAACUGACCUCAAAACUGCCUCUGCCAAACAAAAGUAAAGAGAAGUGGUAAUGUCUCCGUUACAUGAUGGUCUUCAACAACAGUUCAUUCAGGGGCUUCAAACCUGUGGCUGUAUAUUAUGUCUAGAAAUCCACUAGGACUGCUGAGUCACAGACAAAUCAUCAAAAAGGUCUUUGUGGUUCUUUUUUCAGUUGUUUAGCGUCUCUGGUACUAAAUACCUAUCAUCUUCUGCAAAUCUGGACUGAUCUAAAUAUACCUUUUCUUGGUUUUAUUCAGAUAAUUUACUGAACGGGCUUCUUGUGAAAGGCCCCAGCUGCCUGAGGACGGUUGUAACAUUCAAACACCUUUGGACAACUUUCCCCCACCCUGUAUUUACAGACAAACAAACUGAUGAGCCCAGAUGUGAUACAACUAUACAGUAAUAAAACACUCGAGGAUAUAAAACCUGCAUGACUGAAAACUUUUGUAAUUCAAGUUUAUCCAAAUGUCAAAACUAAAACUGGUUUAUUCUUUACGCAAUACUUUUGUAAUUAAGUCUUUGAUACAUGAAAAAAAAAUUUAACAUAAUGCAUUUCCGAAACUCAAUAUGAUAAUUAUUCUCAAAUACUGUGCCUACUCUUCUAAGGAGUCCAAACAAAGCAGGAACA